AUGGAGGAAAUCACAGAGGGAGUCACCAACAUAAACAUCGCCGGCGAUUCUCCGAAGAAGAACCGAAUCCAGGUCUCCAACACCAAAAAGCCCCUUUUUUUCUACGUCAAUCUCGCCAAGAGGUACAUGCAGCAGAAUAGUGAGGUGGAGCUUUCUGCCCUGGGAAUGGCAAUUUCCACUGUUGUGAGUGUUGCUGAGAUCUUAAAGAAUAAUGGAUUUGCAGUGGAAAAGAGUAAGGCUUUUCAGCUAACCUUCUUGUUCCUAGAUGAAUCAAGAGGACGACCUAUCUCAAAAGCCAAAAUUGAGAUAGUGCUGGGGAAGACCCAGAAAUUUGAUGAUUUGAUGGCAGCUGCUGCUGAAGAGAGAGCUAGAGAAGGAGAAGAACAAACUUAA